AAGCAUGUGCAACUCUGCAAGCGAAAAAAAUCAAUAGUACCGCCUCAUCUUGGAGGCGUCUUCUUCCUUCCUCUGCUCUUCACUUUCCUAUAAAUUCCCCUCUCUGCUUUGCCCUUCUUUUCACCCCAAACCAAACCAAACCACAACCUUUCUUUGCUUCUCUCUGAGACUCUUUACAUCUAUCAAACUUCCAGAUUUUCCUACAAAUAUCACGUUCCUCUCACUGUUAAACUCACAUUCUCAUUGAAAAACAUACUAAAGCACCAUGCUCUCUUCAAUUAAGCUCUCCCCAUCUUCUUUCACUUCCACAGGUUUCUUACCCAAGAGACGUUCAAUCCCCACACCACAAUUCUCUCCAUUACCCAUUAUCAAGAGCCUCCACAGUGCCUUCCCCACCCAGUCUUUCUCUUCUCAAAAACCGCUACAUGUUGCCUCCAUUGACAAUCUUGCAAUCUCGAAAAACACCCAGCAGAGGAAAACUGAGUGCCAGGCCUAUGAAGCCGACAGGUCUAGGCCUCUGGACAUAAAUAUUGAGUUACCUGACGAGGAUGCGAGAUUGGAAGCAGCUAAAAGGAUUAAGAUUGGGAUUUACUUUGCUACUUGGUGGGCUUUGAAUGUAGUUUUCAACAUAUAUAACAAGAAGGUUCUCAAUGCUUUCCCUUUCCCUUGGCUGACCUCUACCCUAUCUUUGGCUGCUGGCUCUUUGCUGAUGCUCGUAUCUUGGGCCACUAGAGUUGCUGAUGCUCCUAAAACCGACUUUGAGUUUUGGAAGACCCUUUUCCCUGUUGCGGUGGCACAUACAAUUGGGCAUGUAGCAGCAACUGUGAGCAUGUCAAAGGUCCCUGUUUCAUUCACACAUAUCAUCAAGAGUGGUGAACCUGCAUUCAGCGUUUUGGUUUCAAGAUUUUUGUUAGGGGACUCAUUUCCAAUGCCAGUUUACUUGUCCCUUGUACCAAUUAUUGGAGGUUGUGCACUUUCAGCUUUGACUGAGCUCAAUUUUAACAUGACUGGUUUCAUGGGGGCUAUGUUAUCAAACUUGGCAUUUGUGUUUAGAAACAUAUUCUCAAAGAAAGGGAUGAAUGGGAAGUCAGUGAGUGGGAUGAACUACUAUGCAUGUUUGUCUAUGUUGUCCCUUUUGAUUCUUACACCUUUUGCAAUCGCUGUUGAGGGUCCUCAGCUAUGGGCUGUUGGCUGGCAAAAAGCAGUCUCACAAAUUGGACCCAAUUUUGUCUGGUGGGUGGUAGCUCAGAGUGUCUUCUAUCACUUAUAUAAUCAAGUUUCAUACAUGUCUCUGGAUCAAAUUUCUCCCUUGACAUUUAGCAUUGGGAACACAAUGAAGAGGAUUUCAGUUAUAGUGUCGUCCAUCAUCAUCUUCCACACACCUGUUCAGCCCAUUAAUGCUCUUGGAGCUGCCAUUGCCAUCCUUGGAACCUUCCUUUAUUCACAGGCAAAGCAGUGAGAAAGGUCAAAGAAUUUCAAAAUUUUGUUGAACUGACAAACGAUAAAAAAGGGGCUUUAUGAAUAUUUGGAAGGAAUUCACAGAAGAUGAUGCUAAUGGGCUUAGUUUUGAUGCAUUCCACAUGUAGUCCUGGAGAUGGAAGCAACAAGUUAAUAUGAUAGUCUUUGCAACCUUCGAUGCUACUAAUUAACUAGUAGAUUUUAUUUUACAUUUUGUAAGUUGAAACCGGGGGGGGGGGGGUGCAUAACCUUUGUAUUAUAGCGAAAUAAAACAGUUUGUUGAUGCCUAUUAUGUUUUGAGCAAUGGAAAUGAUGAAUGUAGUGGGUUUUAAUGAUUGAUUCUAUUCUAGGAACCUAGACAGGCAUGCCAAGGUAACUAAGAAAGGCCUACAUAAAUGAUGCAAGUAAGAAGUUGGCACGACCAUAUUGUAAUGCCGAUUAGACAAGAUCAGAAUCAAGUGUGGGCGUUAAUAAACCCGUUUUGAGGGACAGAGCAAUGAUACCACAUGAUAAUUAGGUACCAACGUCGAUCUGCGAAGAGCUUCAAAUACUAGUCUCAACUGUCAACUGAUCAAUGAGAGUGACAAUGAAGAUGGAAAAAAGGGAGACACCGUGUCUAUCUCUAAUAUCGAACAAGGAAUUAAUAGCUUAGAAAAACUAGUCCAAUCAGAUCAUAUUAGCAAUGAUAUUGUUAAUUCUCACGUGGAAAUUGUGGGGUUUGUACGCAAGGGAGGAAAGGGAAUGGCUUCAAAAAUGUUUCAGGGAGAUAAAAAUACUAAAUUUUUCCAUCAGCUAGAAGAGUUAGGAAUAAAGUUGGUGAGUGUGCCCAAUGACAUUUGAGGGGUCAUUCAGGUUCAUUUUUUAGCUUUUUACAGUAAUGCUGUCACUCUUAAAGUAAUUGACUUGGAUUGUUAUAACACUCUAAACUUAAUCUAAAUGUUACGGUCAAA